AUGCCCACCACCACCUCGUUCACCGGCCCCCACCCGCCGCGCACCCCGGGCGCCCGCGGCGAAAACAUGCGCGUGCGGCUGACGAAGCCGGAAAAGCUCGAGAUCAUGAAGAUGUGCGUGGAGCACGGGGCGGAGUACUCAGUUCCGGGCGGGCGAGGCGCGUUCUGGGAGAAGAUCGCGCAGCUGGCAAGCGAGAAGACCGGCCGCGACGUGAGGAAUCCGAGCCAGAUGGUUAGGAAGUUGCUGGAUAUGUAUAUUGCCGGCGUGGGACGCACCGGCGAGCUGGGAGUGUGCAUGGAGGCCUGGAAGAAACGGGUCGAUGAGAGUGGUGAUGGUAGGGGCGUGACGGGACUCAAGCGUAAACGGCGGAUUUCGGAAAUGUCUACGGCUCAGGCGGUGGGUAUGCGUGAUGCAGCACGCGGUGAAGACGAUACUGGAGACACGGAAGACGAGGAAUCGCCGGUCGCUCCUCAAAGAACCGUUACACGAGGAGUGGCAAAAAAAAAGAGUAUUGCAACCACUCCUUCGCUGAGGCAAGCCAGGCCUCGAGGAUGGAGGCAACAGUUCGCCGAAGCCGAAGCGAGACGACGGGCACAGAAGUAUCGCGAUGAGAUGGAGCAGAGGGGGCUGGAUGGGCAGAUGGAGCGGGAAAUCGCGCAUGUGCUGCAGGCACCGACAGAUCCGAGGAUGAAGAUACUGAAAAAUGCUACAGAUCACAGCGUCGGACCGCAACCGCAACCGCAGCCACCACGUCUCGAGCGCUCGGAUAUGGCGAGGAUUGCCGAUUGUAUCGAGCGGAUUGAUAAAGCAAUGGACGAGAUUAAGGAUAAUACCAGAGCGAUCCUCGCCGUUCUAAAGGGCUCGGCUUCCGGAGGGCACGGUAUGAUGCAAUGA